CUUGCCAGUUGUGUAUUUGGAGGUUAUUUAAUCUAAUGAAUAGGACUAUCAUUUAUAAUAUGGGUCUUGAUUUAUGAGUAUUACUUUGGCUUACUUUCUUGUGGCAAACACGGAGGUUUUUCCUCACUGAAGAAAACCUGCUUAGAAGUUAGUAAAAAAUUAUGCAGGCUGAAACUGAUAAUUAUGAUGAGGCAACCGGAUGGAAUGAAAAUGUAUACACACGUUCACCGUCAGUGAAUAAUUUAAGAAUGAGCAGAUUUCGACGAUCCACUUCAACUGCGUGUUUAUUCAAUAUUAUUACAACAACAGCUUUGAUAAUAAUGACAAUAGUUGCUCUGGUCUAUGCAUUAUCCUACUAUGGUGUAUGGAAUAAUAAUUCAGAUUUGGGUAUUGUCACUAUGUUCUGUGGACAAAUCAAAGGUGUUCAGCAGGGUGAUCAUGUUUUGAGCUAUCUAGGGAUACCUUAUGCUUUGCCGCCAAUCGGUGAAAAUCGUUUCAAGCCUCCUGUUCAAUUAUCCUCAAAGGAGUUGUGUCAUAAAGCCUGGCAAUUAAGUAAUACUACGGUAAUUAACUCAAUUUAUCACACUCAAGAAUAUAAGUCUCCAUGUUUACAACUGUUGCCAAAAUCUGCACAGAAUCCAUUUAUUGGUAAUGAAAACUGCUUAUAUUUAAAUAUACACAUACCAAUCAAUAAGCGAUCAAUAAAAAGCCUUAAACCGGUUAUAAUUAUUUUAGAUGGAUUAUUUUUUAUGUACAAUAAUGAACCAAAACAACCUAGUUUGGAUACUGUACAAAAAACGGAUGCUAUACACAUUACAUUCAAUUAUCGUCUAGGACCACUUGGUUUUUUGCCGCAUCCUCAUGAAAAGACACCAAAUCUUGGAUUACAUGAUCAAUUAUUAGUUUUAAAAUGGAUACGUAAUAAUAUUGGUCAAUUUGGCGGUGAUCCACUGAAUGUGAUACUAUUUGGUUAUGGAUCUGGAGCAACAUGCGCACUAGCAUUAUUGUAUAGUCCAAUAAGUAAUCAACUGUUUGACAAAUUGUGGAUUACAGCUCCAGGAUUAGGUUUAUCAAAUAAAUCUAUUGAAGAAGUAAUUCAGAUGACGAAUUAUCUACUAGACUGUCAAAAUGCUUUAGAUCCACAUCAAUGUUCAAGUCAAAAAUUGAAAAAUCCAGCGGAUAUUUUAAAUGUUUGGAAUUGGACAAUAGUUGAACAAUGGUUAAUUCAAAGAAUAUUCAGUCUCCCAAUGAUUCAAGAUAUAAAUAAUUUUCCAACAGAAAAAUCGAUAAAUAUUUUAAUUAAUGAUAAUAAAUUUGUAAAUAUUGAUUUUUGGAAUAGAAUUAUUCACAAUAAUAUUAAACCAAUGGUUUUUGGACAAACAUCACAUGAGGUCGCUGUUUAUCCAACUCCAAAAACAGUCCCAUUUUGGGAUAAAAGUUUUUUUAAAAGUUAUAUUUUGAGCAAAUUAAAAAUCAGUAGUUUAAAUCCCUAUAGUCAAUACUAUCAACAGUUAUUGUCGAAUACUUUCAGCAAUUUCAAUUGUGCAUACUUAGGUGGUUUUAUGAGUGUAGAUGACAUUGACGAUGAUGAUGAUGAUAACGGAGAUUUGUUAUCCAAUCUAAUGUCCUUAAUCACUGAUAGUCGAGUAACAUGUCCACUCACUGAAUUAGUCAAUACAUUUAUCAAUUCCUAUUCUCCAAUCUAUCAGUAUUAUUUAACCGGAACUCAUAGAUCAUUUGAUCCAUAUUCACUAAGAGGAUUUGUACCCUAUGCUUUUCAUGGAUGGGAUGCAAUGCUGUAUUUACGCACUUAUGAAGUACACAAUGAUUUUACUGAUCCCAGUUUACUACAGUCCCUAGCACCACAAGAAAAUGAUCAUGAGUUGACUCGUCUCAAGCGUACCAGUGAUCUACUUAAUUCAGCCAUGUACGCAUUUGCACGAACUGGCAUGAUACCCAGCUGGUAUAAGUCGGAGAAAGGCAAUUAUAUUGUCAAUCUUAUAGCCAAUGAUCAGUUGUGUAAAUAUGUAAAUAUAAUGGAAAAACGAUGUGAUUUUUGGCGGUUAUUAUUUGAAAAUAAUUUAUUUAAUUCUACAUGGAGAUUUUAAAUCAAUCGCCUUUUAUCUAUCAGUAUAAUAUGUCAGUUUAACUAAUGUUUACUCACUCACUCACACUCUGUCUGUCUGUCUUUCCGUCUAUCUAUCUACUUGUUCUUGAAGAAGGCAGACAUUGAUAAAUUCAAAACUGUAAUUAUUUUUGUAACAAACAAAGAAAGGUAUGCAUUUAUUUAGAUUUUAAAUAAAAACCUUUUCUAUUCAUUGUUUCAGUCUAUGCGCACACAUAAAUCUGUAUAACAUGUAAUAUUCAAAAAUUCAUUAUGCUAUUGAGAAUAAAAUGGUAGUUAUG